AUGGCAAAAUUUUCAGAUAUUGAGAACCUAUACAAAAAGGAACUCGACCAGCUUUUGAAAUUAGCUCCUCGGUUGACUCACAAGUCAGUGUAUCCCAGUAGCUUAGAAAGACAAAAUGUCAGUCUUGUCUGCAAUAUUUUUAAUGAGACAACACUUGCAGGCUCAAAAGCUGAAUAUGGUGAAAUUUCAGGAACUGUACACUUUGUUGAAAUCAUUCUCCGUUGGUGGAAUAUUAUUAAUGUUAAGAACUGUACAAAGGGAAUUCACAAACAAAAUGAAUUGUGUCUGCCUUUCACUAGUGCUUCUGAUGACAGGCUUGAAUUUCUUGACAAAUUUUUGGCUUGGUUAGAGAGAUGGAGGGCUUUGGACACUACCAGUUGUCUGACCACAGACACACAUCAGGCACUGUAUCAGAGUACUUCUGUUAUUUCAGAAGUUGUUGAAUAUUCUUUCAGUGGUGUAGGUGUGCAGUAUCUUCUCACGGGAAAACUACAAACUGAUAAUUUGGAAUCAAGGUUUAGUAGGUAUCGUCAAUUAUCGGGUGGAAACUAUAACGUUUCUGUAACCCAGGUAUUUGAAUCUGAAAAGUUGCGUAUAAUGAGUGUUUUGGGAAUAAAGUCUGCAAAAGAUGGCCCCGUAAAAUUUUCUCCAGAAAUAAUGAAUGACAUAAGCAUCUCAGAUGUAAUGUCUACAGAUGUUGACGUGAAUCCGUUUGUUAGUGUUUUGAACUACAUAGGCAAUGAAACUGUUGAUGUACACCAAUCUGUGCUUCUGUAUGUUUGUGGUUAUGCAGCGCACAAAACAACACAAUUGCUCAGUUGUACAACAUGCACUGAUUUUGUUUUAGGCACACAUACCACAGAUAAAUAUUUUGAUAACCUUGUCCGAAGUGGAUUGACUGUGCCAUCAGAUAUUGUUGUGGAACUUGGCACUUUUGUAUAUACAGUUAUGCAGCUUUUAAUAUCUGAAGAGUAUGAAACAAAAUUCCUCACUUGUCAAAAUCAAAAGCAGUUACUACUCAAUCUGGUUGGCCAAGGAGUUAAAUCACAUGUUUCUCUGCAAAUAUUUGUAACAGAUUCAUGUCUCUGUGGAAGGCCACUUACUGAUAUCUACAAUGUGUAA